AUGAGAUUUCUUUCGCGUAAAGGAAACUCGGACCGCCGCGUGCAUCUUACUUCAGCAGGUGCAACUUUCUGGGGAUCAGCACUUUUAGCUGAACCCCGAUUUAUCCCCAAGUUGUUAGCCUGGGGCCCUGGGGGUAAGGACGAUGAGACGAUGAGAUUUCUUCCGCGUAAAGGCAAACUCGGACCGCGCGUGCAUCUUACUUCAGCAGGUGCAACUUUUGGGGAUCAGCAUUUAGCUGAACCCGAAUUUUAUCCCCAAGGUUGUAGCCCUGGGGUUGUUAGCCCUGGGGGUAAGGACGAUGAGACGAUGAGAUUUCUUCCGCGUAAAGGCAACUCGGACCGCGCGUGCAUCUUACUUCAGCAGGUGCAACUUUUCUGGGGAUCAGCACUUAAGCUGACCCCGAAUUUUAUCCCCAAGGUUGUUAGCCCCUUGGGGCACGAAGAUGGCUUGCGGCGGCGCGGCGUCUUUUGUCCUGGCGACGAUGGCGGUCGUGGCGUGGCGUUGCUCGACGGCGACGACGCCCGACGGCGCCACAGACUGGCGCCCUGUCUACCCCGUCCCCAACAAGAACGCCUGCGCCACACGGCGGCCGGCCGCGCCCCUGCCGCCGCAGCACCGGGCGCGCGCAGCGCUGCUCGA